UUUAUUGAUUUACUGUGAUGGAAGGAAGAUGUGCGUAAUUUGCGAUUGGGUUGAAUUAUUCCAGACCUGCAGGAGUAGUAGUUGAUCUAUCCAAGAAUGUCGUUGAACAAGUUUAUGCACGAGAGGAAUCCGUACAAGAAUGGCGUCGACUUCAAGGCCUUGGCAGCAGCAUUUCCAGCCUUUAGAGACGUGGUAACAAGUGACCUGAAAGGGAACUUGAAGCUGGACUUCAAGAGCGCCGAAGCACUGCAAGUUUUGACCAAGUGCUGUCUACUGAAGGAUUUCCAGCUUGACGUGGACAUCCCGGCAGACAGACUCGUCCCUGUCCUGCCCCUGAGACUCAAUUACCUCCUGUGGCUGGAGGACUUGUUGGAUUUGGCAGGCCUCAAGUCCUCCAAUGAAAAUCUUGUGGGUGCGGACGUCGGCACGGGGGCGUCCUGUGUGUUCCCGCUGCUUGGCGCCAGAGCAUUUGGUUGGAAUUUCGUGGCAACUGAGAUUGACCCCGACUCAGUUUUGUGUGCUGUGAAGAAUGUCGCGAGGAAUCGGCUGGAGGAUUCCAUCAAGGUAGUGCUUGUCAAGAGGGAGGAAUCCAUAUUUGAGCCAGUGUUGAACGCGCUGGGAAAUGGCCGAGUUGUACAUUUCACUAUGUGCAAUCCCCCUUUCUUCGAGGACAAAGCUGGGUCAAUCAAGCCGUUGUGGCUGGAGCGGAAGGAGAUGCGGAGACUUGCCCUGGGGAAUCCGCGUUCAGAACCAAAAAAUGCCGAUACGGGGAUGGAAAUAGAGAAAACCACUUCAGGAGGAGAGGUCGACUUCAUUGCCAGAAUGUUCGAAGAGAGCCGGAGUCUCGGUGGACAGAUCAAAAUCUUCACGUCGAUGGUAGGCACAAAGGCACACCUGGUGCAGUUGAAAAAGAUCCUGUUAGCUGGUCAGCCGAAAGCAUUUGUGGAAACUCAAUUCUGCCAAGGAAACACGAUGCGCUGGGGUCUUGCCUGGUCCUUCUGUGAUGGUCUCAAUAAUGCGCAGGCAUCCGGUAACUUGGGCCUGCAAACAAAGAGCUUGUCUUGCAAAAAGCCAGAAAGGUCUCCCCAUCCUCAGUCGAAGCACCCGUUGCCUCCGUGGUUCGUGCCCGAUGAAAGGGAUUUUGGGGGAAACGUGAACAAAGUUGCUGGGCUUGUUGAGCGCUUCCUGGCUGAAAUCGAGGUAAACUGCUCGGUGCAUUCGUCGGGUCCAGGCUGGAAAUCGCUCGACAUCACAUCGAGCACGGGCAAGUUUCCGCAUGUGCGGCAACUGCGCAGGGCUAGAGCGAGACAGCAGCGUGCUUUGGAAGAGCCGCCUUGUGCCAAGCGGAGGCGUCUGUCCGAGACCGAGCCGGCCGCCCAAGUGGAGAUGGAAGCCAUGGACGAGGCUGAAAUCGUGGCCAGAACGCGGUUGUUCUUCACGGCGGUUGGAGAGGAGCAGCAGCAGCAGUGCGGGAAUCACCGGGUUCAGGUCCGGUGCUCGACAGGGCAGACGGACGGCAGUGCGCGAGACGAGUUCUCUGUCACGCUUUUCCAAGUGGUUCAGAACCUGUUGCGCGGCGUGUAUGACAACGAUUGAUCCUCGUCAGCCGCGGAUGAGCAGACUCAUUAAAACCGUUGCUUGCUUUCGAUCUCUGCGUAUCGUGUGUCUUGUCCUAUCUAUCGACUUGACUUGUCUGUUUCUUUCAAGUGUCAACGCCCCGCCUCGGUCUGCAUCAUCAUCGUUAUCCAUACCCAGCCCCCUUUUUUAAUUUUUAAGAUCUUCUGUCUUUCCUCCGUUCCUCCCCUUCCCUCUCCCGCCGUU